AUGGUCCAGCAUGACGAAGCGAGCGGCGAAGCGCUGCGUGUCGUCGUUGUGCCGUGGUGGAGGCCAUGCGAUGGUCUUCUCGAGCUGCGCCUGGCGACUGUUCCGCGUCGCCAGACCUCAAGAUACUAUGGCGAAACGCACUCGCCCCUCGACAAAGCCGCGGCCGCGUCGCCGUCGCCAGGCCCCGCCCAGAAUCGUCUUCGUUUCCGAGAGCGAAGAGGACGACACUCACGACCAAGUCCCCACGCAGCGACGGCUGUGGACGAGGAGAGCUCGGAUGGCUCGAUCGUCGAGAUCGAGCAGGAGCUCAGCCUCACGGCUCACGUCAAAGACGAGGAGGACGACGGCAACAACAGUCUCUCUGAAGACACUGCCGGCAAGUACGCCAAGUACAUCGCAAUCGGUCGGACCAAUCGCGGGGAUGAUGACGAAGGCAUGAACGAUGACCCACAGGAUUACGCGUGCGAUAUUGAGGAACCGUACGCCAGCUGUGAUGAAGAAGAGAGAGAGGAAGGCGCGGUGUGCGAUUGCAUUCUCGGCGACGAUCACGCCGACGCGGACGACGAGGACGAGCUCGAGCUUGUUGACAAAGAGGACGAUAACGAUGCCGUCAUGCAGCGCGUGGCGAGUCAGGUCGUCGCCGCUGCGCCAAGCUCAGACGGUGAGCGUUGCACCCGAAAGGCCAAUACCCGCUCCGAGCUUUCACGAGGCGGCCGUCACGCCGAGCUCGAGAAGACCAUCGCAUGGCUUCUCGACCCGAUCAAGCGCCUCGAGGAUCGAGAUAAGCAGCUCGCGGACUUCGUCGACCCCAAGUUCCGAAAUACGAGCGAUGUGCCCAAGGGCACCGGCAAGCUCUUCUUGCGCAGGAGGGCCGAGAAAUUCGCUUCCCUCUUCGACCAGUACCGCGUCAUGUCAAGGCUUGCCGAGAUCGAGGAGCACCUCCAAAGGGUGUUCGAGCUCUUCAUCGCCGACCUGACCCGCUUCGACCAUGCGAAGGAGGCUUUUGCCGACCUGGUCGAGGCAGUUCCAUGGGCAGUCGUCUCACGCUGGCCGGGCGAACCUUACAGACGCUGGAUGAAUGGCCGCUCACAUGGCUUGCUCAGGCCUGUCAAGCACCUCGGAGUCCGACGCGAGCCGUUCUCAACACUCGCAGGCCCACUCGUCGACACAAGAGGCAUGCGCCACCCAUUCGCAUUGCAAAUGACACGCCUGCGUGAGACAUGCCGCACGAGCGAAAACAGUCGUGCGAACAGACCCAGCAGCGGUCAGCCUCUGGGUCUUCAGGAGGCUCGAUCGUCGAUGCGAACGCCUGCUGCAGAGUCUGUGGUUUGUGCGUUUGCGGUCGAGAAUCUUCUCCGUGUGCGAGUUCUGAGUCUGUUCCUCGAUGCCGCCAACGAUGCUUUGCGCGACCCGAGCUCAUUGUCCAGUGUGGACGACCACAAGCGCAGCAACGUAUCGUCAAGUACAACACAUUUGUUCAUCAUCGGAAACAGGAGCAAUUGGAAAAGCAAAAAAGAAAAGACAAGGGGAGCUAGGAUCUAA